ACAGAGGAAUGUCCUUUCUUUUUCUAAAGGAGUGACAGCACAACAAAAACGACAAGAAAUGAAAAAGCAGCAUCUGAAAAAAUAAAAAGAUGGAUUAGAGCGCAACAGGAUAUUGGAUCACAUCAACCCAUCAGUAGGCAUAAAGACAUUAGGUAGCCAUAGAGACAGAGGGCACUGUGGCCUCGAACCUACACAGACCGAAAACCUUCAGUUUCAGCACAAACAUGAGUGUACGUUAUGGCUCCUUCAGCUCUGAGUUACCAGAUGGCGAUGCAUCCACAAUACAGACAAACUCCAUCUCCCCAAGACGCUCCUACAUCGCAGUGGCAGUGCUCUGCUAUAUUAAUCUCCUCAACUAUAUGGACCGUUAUACCAUAGCAGGUGUGCUGCUUAGCAUCCAGAAGUACUUUGGAAUCAGUGACAGCACCUCUGGCCUCCUGCAGACAGUUUUUAUCUGUAGCUUUAUGUUCUUGGCGCCAGUUUUUGGUUAUCUUGGAGACCGUUAUGACAGGAAGCUUAUCAUGAUUGCUGGGUUGUUUGUGUGGAUUGUCACGACCCUGGGCAGCUCUUUCGUCAAACAGGCGCACUUCUGGAUUCUGGUCCUGACGAGGGCAAUGGUUGGUACAGGAGAAGCCAGUUACUCCACCAUAGCUCCUACAAUCAUUGGUGACUUGUUUACUGGCACCCAGAGAACUCUCAUGAUCUCCUUCUUCUAUAUUUUCAUUCCGGUUGGAAGUGGUCUUGGAUAUAUACUGGGGGCAACAAUAGCUAAUGCAACAGGUGACUGGAGAUGGGCCCUGAGGGUAAAUCCUGCUCUGGGAGUGCUGGGUCUACUUCUUCUGGUGUUUCUUAUUCCUAAUCCUCCUCGUGGAGCCUCAGACAGCCAUGGAGCAGCCAUGGAAAGCACCUCCUACCUUGAGGACAUCAAGUACCUCCUGAAGAAUCGGAGUUUUGUCUGGUCAUCUUUGGGUGUGACUGCCAUGGCUUUUGUGACAGGGGCUCUGGCCUUCUGGACUCCCACCUUCCUGUCCCGUGCCCAGGUUACACAGGGACUCAGGCCACCUUGUGAGGUCGAGCCCUGUAACCCUAUAGACAGUUACAUCUUUGGGGCAAUCACAGUGGUGACGGGGAUUGUGGGAGUGUUUCUGGGCACCUGCAUAUCAAAGAAGCUGAGAGACAGAGUACCCAAUGCAGACCCUCUCAUAUGUGCUGUGGGCAUGCUAAGUUCCUCCCCCUGCUUUUUCAUCGCCAUCAUACUAGCAUCCACCAGUAUCCCAGCCACAUAUACAUUCAUUGCUAUUGGAGAGACUCUGCUGUCCCUCAACUGGGCUAUUCUGGCUGACAUCCUGCUGUAUGUUGUCGUGCCUACUAGAAGAGCCACAGCUGAAGCCUUACAGAUUAUGGUCUGUCAUCUCCUCGGAGAUGCAGGAAGUCCAUACCUUAUUGGUGCGAUCUCAGAUGCCCUACGCAAUUAUAAUCCAGAUUCUCCUAGCUGGGACUUCCGCAGACUGGAAUAUAGCGUUCUUCUCUGCCCCUUCAUUGGGGUUUUGGGUGGCCUGUUUUUCCUAAUGACCUCUCUGUAUAUAAAAGAGGACCGAAAAGCAGCAGAACUGCUCAUGUCAGGACAUGCUAAUGUGCAGCCAGCAACAUCCGCAGAGUCAGUGUGACCUUAAAAAUACCAACCAAAACAGACAUUCAUGUUCACCACCAGACCUUGGGUGUGCUUUGCUUGAUCAAGCAGACAUUUGGAGACAACACAUUGAUAGACAGAAUAAUUUUGGACAUUUUCAAAAGAAAAUAAGUUCUAAUUUUUAGGAACACCAUAGAAAGAUACAAGUUCAAUAUACAAGUUUACCUCACAAAUGCACUGGACCGGUAACUUACUGAGAAAAACAAAAUUACAUCCUUUUUUUUUUAAAUGUUUUUUUGAGUGUUAUUUAAUUUAGCUGUGCCAUGUACUUAUCAUUAGGGCAAUUUGUGUUGUUCUUUCAUUCUGCUUUUCUCGACUGCUCUGUGGGAGCCUCAGGGGAACAAAGGGAGAGAACAGCUCCUCCUGCAUUUCAACUGAAACCUUGAAAUACUACAGUUGAAAUCAGAAGUUUACAUACCUUAGCUAAAUACAUUUAAACUCAGUUUUUCACAAUUUCUGACAUUUAAUCAUAGAAAACAUUCCCUAACUUAGGCCAGUUAGGAUCAGUACUUUAUUUUAAGAAUGUGAAAUGUCAGAAUAAUAGUAGAGAGAAUUAUUUAUUUCAGCUUUUAUUUAUUUCAUCACAUUCCCAGUGGGUCAGAAGUUUACAUACACUUUGUUAGUAUUUGGUAGCAUUGCCUUUAAAUUGUUUAAUUUAGGUCAAACGUUUUGGGUAGCCUUCCACAAGCUUCUCACAAUAAGUUGCUGGAAUUUUGGCCCAUUCCUCCAGACAGAACUGGUGUAACUGAGUCAGGUUUGUAGGCCUCCUUUCUCACAUGCUUUUUCAGUUCUGCCCACAAAUUUUCUAUCAGAUUGAGGUCAGGGCUUUGUGAUGGCCACUCCAGUACCUUGACUUAGUUGUCCUUAAGCCAUUUUGCCACAACUUUGGAGGUAUGCAUGGGGACAUUGUCCAUUUGGAAGACCCAUUUGCGACCAAGCUUUAACUUCCUGGCUGAUGUCUUGAGACUUUCCUUCCUCAUGAUGCCAUCUAUUUUGUUAAGUGCACCAGUCCCUCCUGCAGCAAAGCACCCCCACAACAUGAUGGUGCCACCCCCAUGCUUCAUGGUUAGGAUGGUGUUCUUCGGCUUGCAAGCCUCACCCUUUUUUCUCCAAACAUAACAAUGGUCAUUAUGGCCAAACAGUUCAAUUUUUGUUUCAUUAGACCAGAGGACAUUUCUCCAAAAAGUAAGAUCUUUGUCCCCAUGUGCACUUGCAAACUGUAGUCUGGCUUUUUUUUAUGGCGGUUUUGGAGCACUGGCUUCUUCCUUGCUGAGCAGCCAUUCAGGUUAUGUCGAUAUAGGACUUGUUUUACUGUCGAUAUAGAUACUUGUCCACCUGUUUCCUCCAGCAUCUUCACAAGGUCCUUUGCUGUUGUUCAAGGAUUGAUUUACACUUUUCGCACCAAAUACAUUCAUCUCUAGGAGACAGAAUGUGUCUCCUUCCUGAGCGGUAUGAUGGCUGCGUGGUCCCAUUGUGUUUAUACUUGCGUACUAUUGUUUGUACAGAGGAACGUGGUACCUUCAGGUGUUUGGAAAUUGCUCCCAAGGAUGAACCAGACUUGUGGAGGUCCACAAUUUUUUUUCCUGAGGUCUUGGUUGAUUUCUUUUGAUUUUUCCAUGAUUUCAAACAAAGAGGUGCUAAGUUUGAAGGUAGGCCUUAAAAUACAUCCACAGGUACACCUCCAAUUCAGUACACCUCCUAUCAGCUAAUUGUCUAAUUGUCUAAAGGCUUGACAUCAUUUUCUGGAAUUUUCCAAGCUCCUUAAAGGCACAGUUAACUUAGUGUAUGUAAACGUCUGACCCACUGGAAUUGUGAUAUAUUCAAUUAAAAGUGAAACAAUCUGUCUGUAAACAACUGUUGGAAAAAUUACUCAUGUCAUGCACAAAGUAGAUGUCCUAAAUGAUUUGCCAAAACUAUAAUUUGCUAAUAUGAAAUCUGUGGAGUGGUUAAAAAAUGAUUUUUAAUGACUUCAACCUAAGUGUAUGUAAAUUCUGACUUCUGAAAUGUAUAUGUGCCAAAUUACACUUAGACUUCUUAGUUCAUCUAUAGAGUGUAGACUGAGACAGAUAUUGUAUAGGAAUUUUUAAUAUUACUUUCAUUUUUACUGUCCAAGUUUUUCCCCAAAGCUUUUAAAUAAAUGUGUAUGC